AUGGAUUGUGGAAAUGAAGUAUUGCCCGGGUCCGGGGGCCAUGAGGAGAAGAUUUUCGUGUCGGUGAGGUUGAGGCCGUUGAAUACUAAGGAAAUCUUGAGGAAUGAUGUUUCAGAUUGGGAAUGUAUCAAUGAUAAUACAAUUAUCUACAAGAAUGCUAAUCUUUCGGCAUCAGAACGGUCAAUGUAUCCCACUGCUUAUACAUUUGACAGGGUAUUUAGGAGUGAUUGCUCCACGAGACAGGUGUAUGAACAAGCAGCUAAGGAUGUUUCUCUUUCAGUUGUCAGCGGGAUGAAUUCAAGUGUUUUUGCGUAUGGACAAACAAGCAGUGGAAAGACAUAUACGAUGACUAGAAUUACUGAGUACGCCAUCGCAGAUAUAUACGAGUAUAUGCAGAAGCACACAGAACGAGAAUUUGUUUUGAAAUUCUCUGCUAUGGAAAUCUACAAUGAAUCUGUCAGAGACCUCCUCAGUCCAGAUUGCAUUCCCUUAAGACUUCUAGACGAUCCAGAGAGAGGAACCACAGUUGAGAAACUUACUGAGGAAAUUUUGAGGGACUGGAAUCAUGUGAUUGAGCUCCUUUCUGUUUGUGAAGCUCAAAGACAGAUUGGAGAGACAUCCCUUAAUGAUACAAGCUCUAGAUCUCAUCAGAUCAUCAGACUGACAAUUGAAAGCUCUUCUCGUGAGGUUUUUCUGAAGGAUAACUCGAGCUUUCUUUCAGCUACAGUGAAUUUUGUAGAUUUGGCUGGAAGUGAACGUGCAUCUCAAUCGUUAUCAGAGGGCACAAGGUUAAAAGAAGGUUGUCACAUAAAUCGCAGCUUGCUGACCUUGGGAACUGUCAUUCGCAAGCUGAGCAAGGGACGAAAUGGACACAUUCCUUACAGAGAUUCAAAGCUAACUCGCAUAUUGCAAACGUCAUUAGCAGGCAAUGCUAGAACAGCCAUUAUCUGUACUUUGAGCCCUGCAGGGAUUCAUGUUGAGCAAUCAAGAAACACACUUCUCUUUGCAAGCUGUGCAAAGGAAGUGACUACAAAUGCCCAAGUUAACUUAGUCAUGUCAGAAAAAGCAUUGGUAAAACAUCUUCAGAGGGAGCUAGCGAGACUAGAGAGUAAGUUGAGAAGUCCUCAGUCGACUUUGUCCACAUCGAGUUAUCCUACAUUACUGAGAGAGAAAGACCUUCAAAUUGAAAAGCUUGAGAAGGAGGUAAAAGAAUUGAUUCUGCAAAGAGAUAUUGCCCAAACUCAAGUUAAAGAUUUGUUACAAAUGAUUGGGGAUGAUGGAAAUUCCAUGAUACGGGUAGGAUUGGGGCACUACCCACACUUGCGAGUGCAGAAAUCACCAGAAUAUGAAAUACCAGAACAAGAGACGUCCAUUGGGGCAGAUCCUCAUUCUUUGGAUCUUGAUAUUAGAUCAGAUGGUCAUAGUAGGACCAGUUCUAUUGAUCAUUUUGCACGAGUUCCAUAUUUCGAUGAAACCUUUGUGAACAGUAAUACAUCUCCAAGUCUCGUAAUAAGCAGAUCAAAUUUUAGUGAAAGUGAUUCAUUUCAGGGAUGGGAGGAGAUGGAGAAACAAAGUAAUGAGCCUUCAGAGGAUUUAUGCAAGGAAGUUCGUUGCAUCGAGAUAGAAGAGUCAAGUAACAAAGGAGCUGUAGAAUCCAAUUGCUUAUCUUCUGAAGAAAAUAUUAGAUUCCCUGCACUAAGAAUAUCCAGAAAUGGUGAUGGAUUAGAACCAGAAUUCGUGUUAACUGCUCCAGCAAAAGAUGAAGAAUUAGUGUCAUCUCAGUUGAAGGACGAUAUUCAAAUGAAUACAGAAGUGGACCCCAGGCCCUCUAUUGAAGACAAAGAACCUGUUUUGACAUUUUUGAAGGAAGAUAGAGAGUCGGUUUCAUCAUCGUUCAAGGUAGAAAGAGAAUUGAAGUGCCUUCCUUUUCUUAAAGUGUCUUCUUUAACAAAUGAUCUGGCUAAAGAUUCAUCUGGCUCUAGAAGCUUGAAAUUAACAAAAAGUAGAAGCUGUAAAGCAAGUAUUAUAGCCGACUCAUCUUCUCCCUGGUUAAAGAUGAUACAGUACUGUGAAAAUACACCACCUGAUGGAUCAGAAAGAGAGUACACCUCAAGACCUGUGGGCUUUGAAAGGAAAAUACCUCCUUUAAACUUUGGUUCUAACACACAAAGGUCAGAAGCAGAAGAUUCUCAGUUUUCUGCAAAAAAUGCUUUUGAUAUUGAUGUUGAUGUAUCAAAGGGGGAAGUUUCGACUGCUGACGAUGUUUUCGUCGAUGAUACAUCCAAUGUAGAAAUAAGAGAAAAGGCUGAACUUCCUAUUGAAAAGGAGUUUGCUAAAAUACUAACUGAAAAGGAGUUUUCUGAUAUUCCAGAGAAGGAGACGGAAUUAAUGGCCAAUCAAACUUCAAAGUCUGUAAAAGAUGUUGGCUUGGAUCCAAUAGAAGAAGAAGAGCCUAAAGGUUUCCCAUAUAAUUGGCCUUUGGACUUCAAAAGACUCCAAAGAGAAAUAAUUGUAUGUUGGCAUGCAUGCAAUGUCUCAUUGGUGCAUCGAACCUAUUUCUUCCUGCUUUUUCAAGGUGAUCCUUCAGACUCCAUAUAUUUGGAGGUCGAGUUGAGGAGGAUGAUGUUCCUAAAGGACAAAGUUUCUCGAGGAGAGAAGACUAUUGUAAAUGGACGAAAACUAUCACUUGCUUCAAGUGUGAAGGGACUUCGUCAAGAGAGACGGAUGCUGAGCAACCAGAUGUCAAAGAAGCUUUCUGAACAAGAAAGAGACAGCCUCUUCAUCAAGUGGGGUAUUGGGAUCAAUACAAAACUCAGGAGACUACAGUUAGCUCACCGAUUGUGGUCUAACACGGAAGAUAUGAACCACAUUGCUGAUAGUGCAUUUCUUGUUGCAAAGCUGGUUGGUUUUACUGAUCCGGGUGUGGCUACAAAGGAGAUGUUUGGGCUUAAUUUUACACCUGGCUCGACUAGAACAUAUAGUUUCAAACGCAGUCUUGUAUCUCUCUUGUGA